CACGCCGACCUCCACCUGACGAGGGGACUCACAAGGCCGGGGCGGCGGGCUACAGACAAGGUGGAUACACUCACGACUCACGACUCACACUCACACUGCGACUGAUGGCAUCGUGUAUCGAACAUCGCACACACCACACACCACACACCACACACCACACACCACACAGCCCACCCACACUCGCGCAACAUGACAUGGCACAGACUCGUUCGAUUCGUAGCCAAGGAGGAUGGCAAGGCGUACGUGGGAGUACCUCGAGUGAGCUCCUCAUCGCAAGACAUUGAGCAGCUGGUGCGAAGAGGCGAGGAGCGGAUGACUGUCAAGGUGAUUGCAGGAGCAUCAGCAGAUGAGUGGAACAUCGAGACGAUUCUGAGCGCGGCGAAUGCGGAUGCGGAGGCACGUGGAGAGGAGAAGACGGUGGAUCGAUUGCUGCCUUGCGUGCCGGCAGAGAGGAUCCCGGCAUUGAGGGCGUUGGGCGCGAAUUACGUGCAAACGGGUCAGGAUGCCGCACAGGCCAAAUCCAAUCGACCCGCCAUUCCCAUCCUCUUUUUCAAACCUCCUCGCACCACCGUCGUUGGACCUGGCGAUGCUAUACGCGUACCCGAGCAGCUCGUUGAUCAGACGGACUACGAGGUGGAGUUGGUGGUCAUCAUUGGCGCAAAGUGCAAGGAUGUAAAGAAGGAGCACGCGCUCGACUACGUGCUGGGCUACACGCUGGGCAACGAUGUCAGCGCCAGAAAGAGAAUGUUUCAGGUCCCACAGUGGGGUUUGGGCAAAGCAGCCGACACCUUCUUUCCGCUCUCCUCUACCAUUGUGUCCAAGGAGCUGAUUCGCGAUCCAGAAGACGUGACGCUCAAGACGCACCUCAACGGCAAGGAGAUGCAGAACGGCAAUACGCGUCAUCACCUGUGGAGCGUGGCAGAGACCAUCGAGAUGCUAUCUCAAGGCACCACGCUCUUGCCAGGCGAUCUCAUCUCCAUGGGCACACCUCCAGGCGAAGGCUUCAAGCGCGAUCCGCCCGUAUUCAUGAAGCACGGCGAUGUCGUGACCAUUUCGGGCUCACACGGUCUUGGAAGCUUGUCAAAUCCCGUCGUCGAGGUGGCCAAGGCGCACGAUCACAUCAAGGCAAAAUUGUAAUCACAAUCACGAGGAAUGCAUGGGCGCGAGAGCAUCAGCGGUAUCUCUGGCUCCGAUUUUGCUAUUUGAGGUCGUCGUGCAGAAGGGUCAGGCGAAGGGCGAUGGCUGCGUGAGAGCAUCCAUGCCGACGCUUUCCCGCGAAGUGAUUAUGUCGGGCGAGACCUUGCCGGUGCAUUGAAGGCG